AUGGAAGAAGCUGCAAAUCAAAGUUUUAAUGUUGCUCCAGUAACAGUGCUUCAAUCGUCGAAUGUGCCGGAAUUCAACCCUAAUGUGGAGUCGUGGAACGUUUGGAAGGAGAGAUUGGACAUUCAUUUUUUUGAAAUUAACUGUUCGGACGAGAACACCAAAAAGUCAAUUUUGUUGAAAUCAAUUGGUGCUGUGCCGUACAGAGUUUUGCAUAGUUUAUGCAGUCCGGAGUCUCCAGUGUCCGUGUCGUAUAAAAAGCUGUGUGAGAUUUUAGAUACACAAUAUACCCCACCAACUAUUGUAUUUAGUGAGCGGAAGAAGUUUCAUUUGUGUAGCAAAGCUGAAAAUGAGUCGGUUGCUGAAUGGUAUGCUCGUGUAAAAACAUUAGCACUCAAUUGCAAGUUUGGUGUCAGCUUGGAUGCAUUUGUACUUAAUCAAUUUGUUAUGGGUUUGCCAAAUUUCAUCUUUGAACGAUUGUGUGAAGAAGAUGAAACCCUAACAGUACAAAGUGCAUUAAGAAAGGCUAUGAUUUUGGAAACGAAGCAUAUGGCAAAGGCAGAGGAGAAAAGUCAAUGCACUGUAAAUUUGGUUAACGGUCAGAAAUAUGCAAAAAAUCACUAUGGUGGUGGUGGCAGAGGCAGCACUGGCAGUGGUAAUAGAGAUGGUGGUAGCAGCAGCAGCAAACGUAACAACAAUAGCAGAGACAACAAUAGCAGAGACAGCAAGAGCGGCGGUGGCAAGAAAUAUGCAUGUUCUCAUUGUGGUUGGAGAAAUCAUAGUUCUCAGUCUUGCAAAUAUAAAGAGAGCAGAUGUCAUUCGUGUGGAAAAAUUGGUCAUUUGGCAUCGGUCUGCUAUAGUAGGAAAAAGAGUGUAAAUUAUGUAUCGAAUGAAAUUAAUGACGUUGAGAGUGAUGUUCAUGAAUAUAACAAUGUUUUCGAUUAUUCUAUUUUUAGUGUGGCUGAGAAAGAAAAUGGUGAUGUGUAUUCUCUGGAUGUUGUUGUUGAUGGUGUGGAACUGAAGGCAGUGUGUGAUACAGGUGCACCAUGUACGUUGUUGCCGAUUUCAUUUUUGGAAGAGAACGGAAUUAAGAGAAAAUUGAGAUCGUGUAAAGUGCCAUAUGUAGAUUACAAUGGUGUUAAGCUGAAGUUGGCUGGUGAAUAUGAUGCAAGUGUAACGUAUAAAGGUAAUACCAAAUCAGUAGUGGUAGUUGUUGUUGUUACGAAGAAUCCUCCGUUGCUUGGUCGAUCGUUUUUACGAGCUUUUAAUUUUGAAUUAUUACAAGUUAACAACAUUCAAGUCUCUGAUAUGAACAUGACAAUUGUUAAUCAGUUGAAAAAUGAAUUCAAUGGAGUUUUUGAUGGUAAAUUGGGAAAGUUUAAUGGAUGCACAAUUUCCCUACAAGUUGUUAGUGACGCAGUACCAAUAUUUUGCAAACCAAGGCCAUUGCCACUAGCUUGGAAAGAACGAGUUGAAAAACAUUUACGUCAAUUAAUUGCCUCAGACGUCUUGGAACCCAUAGAUAAUUCGGAUUGGGGUACUCCCCUUGUUCCUAUUUUAAAACCCAAUGGUGAUUUGAGGAUUUGUGGUGAUUAUAAGGUCACAUUGAACAAGUUUUUGGUUGAUUUCAAGUAUCCUCUACCUAGGAUUGAUGAAAUUUUUGCUUCGUUGGAAGGUGGUGAAGUUUUCACCAAACUAGAUCUUUCAAAUGCUUAUAAUCAGCUUGUUCUAGAUGACGAUUCUCAACUUUUGUGUGCGUGGAGUACUCAUAUUGGAACCUUAAAAGUUAAACGUUUACCCUUUGGUGUGAAAACAGCGGCAGCAAUUUUUCAAAAGACUAUUGAGAAUUUGUUAAGAGAUAUUCCGUGUGUUGUGGUUUAUCAGGACGACAUAACCGUUACUGGAAAGAAUUUGAGUGAACAUAUUUCGACGUUAAGGCGUGUAUUAGAGAAGCUACAGUCUUCGGGAUUAAAACUUAAC